AUGCUAGGCGUCUCCGAUCUAAGCUUAUCAAACUCCUACAUUCAACUAUGCCGAGGUUCAUUGAAAGUCAAACUUUUCAAGUCUCGAGGAUGUAGUGCGCAGCACGACUUUCCCAGUAGGCUGAGGAAAGAUUCUCAUUGGUAUCGCCAUAUUCUCGUGCUCGAGCGCACACCAUAUAGCACUUUCAACAUUCCCACUGCUGGCUGCUACGGGGCCCGAACUGCUAACCAUCUACCACUUGUAAGCCCAGAACCAUUAUACCCACAACUAUUACGACAUGGCCCUACCGAUACCGCUUGCCAUCUGUUGUGUCGUGUAUAG